AUGCCCGCGAAUACUUCACCUCAUCCUCUUCUCACUUCAUUCUUCAUUCUUCUUGCGCUUCUCUCCUGCGCACUAUCUGCUCCUGUUUCUCCCGUGGCGCUUGAUGUCUGGGUACCCAAAAUCACAUCCCCUACAUCCAACUGUACAUGGACCGUCGGAGGGACAUUCCUCGUCACAUGGGAUACGUCCUCAGAGCCUUCCCAAGUAACCAACCCUACUGGCAAGAUCUACCUUCGCCAGGGCGGUGCAACCCAAUCCAAUCCCAUCAAGUCUGGGUUUGCGCUUGCUGAUGGUCAAGUUGAUGUCACGGUCCCUGCGGACACCACUCCUGGAAUGUGGGAGGUCGUAUUGUUCGGCGACUCUGGAAACUGGAGUGACGAGUUCCCGAUUGACGCAGCCACAUCCUAA